CCCUCCCCCACCCCCUCGGGCCACCCGCUCUUGAGUUGGACACUCCUGGCUCCCGUUCGGCUCACAGUCCGGGCAACAGAGGGACACGGGAAUGGACACAGAAGGGAGUCAGAGCAGCCUGUCGUCCUCCACGCAGGACUCCUCACACGACCCCUGCAAAAUGUUCAUCGGCGGGUUGAGCUGGCAGACGACACAAGAGGGGCUGAAGGAAUACUUUUGUAAAUUCGGCGAGGUGAAGGAGUGUAUGGUGAUGCGGGAUCCGGUUACGAAGCGCUCGAGGGGGUUUGGAUUUGUCACCUACGUAGACCAGACCGGUGUGGAUAAUGUUUUGGCCCAAAACAGACACGAGUUGGAUUCAAAAACAAUUGACCCAAAGGUGGCCUUCCCACGUAGAGCUCAGCCGAAGCUGGUAACAAGAACAAAGAAGAUCUUUGUUGGAGGACUGUCUGUCAACACCACCAUCGAAGAUGUCAAACAGUAUUUCGAUCAGUUUGGAAAGGUUGAUGACGCGAUGCUAAUGUUUGACAAAACCACCAACAGGCACCGAGGUUUUGGCUUCGUGACCUUUGAGAAUGAAGACGUGGUGGAAAAGGUCUGCGAGAUCCACUUUCACGAGAUCAACAACAAGAUGGUGGAAUGCAAAAAAGCUCAGCCGAAGGAAGUGAUGUCACCGACAGGUACGGCGCGAGGCCGCUCCAGGGUGAUGCCCUACGGCAUGGACGCCUUCAUGCUGGGUAUCGGCAUGCUGGGUUACCCAGGAUUCCAGACGGCCACUUACGCCAGUCGUGGAUACACAGGAAUCACACCAGGAUACACAUACCAGUUCCCAGAAUUCCAUUUAGAACGGGCACCCCUUCUGACUUCCUCUCACCCCCAAGAGAUCACAGCCAUUCCACUGACGGCCUACGGACCAAUGGCAGCGGCCGCAGCUGCAGCAGUGGUCAGAGGUUCCACCCCUUCACGUACCGCUGGCUUCCUGGGCACCAGCAGCCCUGGGCCAAUGGCAGAGCUGUAUGCAGCAGCCAAUCAGGAUUCAGGAAUCAGCAGCUAUAUCAGUGCGGCAAGUCCCGCCCCCAGCACAGGGUUCGGACAUGGACUCGGGGGUCCUUUGAUUGCAACAGCCUUUACCAAUGGCUAUCACUGAGGGGCGUCCAAUCAGGGUCCAGCGUGGGAGGAGAAACGUGCUUGUGAUGACGUGACGUGUUUAUUGGACAAACCCCACGUGCUCUGGAGUUUCCACCUUUUCUUUUUCUCUAUUCUCUACUAACAUCACUUUUCUUUUUCCUCAUCCCGUAUUUCCUUUCUGAUGUAUCAAACUCAUUUAUGAUAUGCUGCCGUAUUUUGAAAAAAAAAAAAACCUUGUCAAAACAAUAUUAUGUUUAUUGUACAUGUGGAAACACGCAAGGAAUUUCGUGUUUUUUUUUUUUUUUUCAGAAAAAGCUUUUCUGCAUUUGUUACGUAUUUUUGCUGACUGUGUUUUUAUGUUUUUACUGUACUCAUGCUGUAACAGAUGAUGUUGAGAAAGAGAGAAAGAGAGAGGAGGAGCACGAAACUGAAAAAACUAAACAAAACAUCAUUUGUUUAGUUUUUAAACGAAUCUAAACAACACAGAACAAAUACGUGAGAAUGAAUCAAAUCCACAAAGAAAAAAAAAACAGGACAAAAAUGUAUAUUUUGGUAGUUUUAACUCAGCAUAUAUAAUGUUAUUCGAACAUUCGUAAGCUGAAUCGGUUAUUUUUUUCGUACAAUUGGUUUUUACACGAGAAACACCGACCUCAUUCAUGAAUUUUCUGCAUGAAUCUGCAUUUUUUUCAGAUGUAAGAAUAUCUGACACAUUUUUACACAGAAAUGGGUUCUGCUCACCUUGAGGCUCAUUGUUCGGCUUCUUUUUGUAGAUACUGUACAUAUUGCAUGGAUUUUAGGAGGGUUCGGAAAGAACAAUCGACUGGGGGUUGCGGGAGGGUUGAGGGUCCUUUAUGGUUUUUAACAUGCAAACAUCUUUCUUCACAUUGAAUCUUGCAUUUCUGAGACUAUUUUCAUGUGCAAGUUGGACCGAUGUGGGUCUUUGGUUGUGCUCCUCUCACUUUCGACUCACAUUUAUACUACGAUCAAACAUUUGAUGCUUUUUUGGACUAAAUUGUCCAGAUCAACAGACCUUUCUGUCAUUUUGUUUUUUUAUGAAUCCUCACGCUUUCCUCACUGAAUUUUAAACCAUUCGGAAACCACAUUGUUUGAUGUUUGCUGUCACUUAUGAGGCGUCAAACCGCAUUGCAGACAAACCAGGUUGUGUUUUCCAUUAGAUCAAAUUAUUUGGUCCCGUUUUUUGGGAAACGGAAACGCGGUCUUGAUCUGCCUCAGUUUCAAAGAGCACAGCUGCUGUGCUACUCGUCAUGCUGUUUUUGGAAACAUAUAUUAUAUGUAUAAUUUUUUUGCGUGGUUUACUUUUGUAAAUCUUUACCGUUCUUCUUUUUCGAUGGUACAAUGCUGUUUUUGGAAGAAAUGAAGGACAAUUUUACAACGCAAAGGAGUCUGAGCGCUGUUACACCUGUCAUUGUGUGUUUGGAUGCGUGUGUGAGUGUAACUGAAGUAUGGAUGUACACGUAGCUAGUUUACAUGCAUUCAACUGCCACCUUUGAAACUGUCUCGUCUCUGCCAGUAAUGGAGAGGAACGUCUCUGUCAACACAGCUCUAAUAGAGGCCUUCUGGGAAAAUUGUUACGCUUGACUUAUAACACGCAUCCAGAGUGAUUUUUUUUUUUCAUUUCAGCAACAUUGCAUCUGUUUGAUUUCUACUUAAUUGCAUUUGUUUCCAGUCUUCCAUUUGACACGUGUAGCCUCUUUUUGGAGCAGUUGUCACGUGACGACCGAAUCUCCAGCUGACAGGGAUGCCUCACAAAACUACUGCACGGCACACACUGUAACUAUUUAACCAACAAAAAGCAAUAAGUUAUUUUUACACAAGUAAUAACGAACGCUGUUAACAGUGGUACGAAUACGACGGCGGUUAUGUGGCAUUAAGAAUUAUUUUUCAGAAAAAAAGCUAUAUAUUUCAAGAUCCGUUUUAACCCCUUGAAAGUUUCUCAGAUUUUUACCGUACAUGUUAGCUGUUUGUUUGGAGGAUUUGUUGAAGGGGAUCAGCGGCGGAACUGGAAAGCAUCAGUGGGCGGCGCUCCGUCCCGUUGCUGUGGAGCUGCACGUCAACACUGUGACCUGAUGCUCAAAUACGCUGCUUCGCUGUCCCUUUACUGUAUUUUUUUAUUUUUCACCUCUGGAAAUUUUCAAGUAAAAAGAUCCUAAUAAAUUAUUUUAAAACAUUCCA